UCUUCCGAAGUAGUAACCCUUUUGCCUCAACCUAUAGAUACACUUUUUCUUUCUCUAUACAUAAUAAAUAUUAUUAGGGUUCAAGGCAAAGACGGCGGAGAUGCUGAAGUUCUACAAAUGUAGCAGCACCUCACUCCAAUGGAACCCAUCCCCGAUUGUCGCUUUAGCCACUAGCCUCGACGACUCUCAAGUCGCCGCCGCCAGGGAAGACGGCUCUCUCGAAAUUUGGCUCGUCUCCCCUGGUGCUGUUGGCUGGCACUGUCAACUGACAAUACAGGGUGACCCAAAUUUGAGAGUUUCGUCGUUGGUAUGGUGUGGUUCGGGUGUCGGUGGGUUACCUGCUGGGAGGCUGUUUUCAUCAAGUAUUGAUGGAUCAAUUUCAGAGUGGGACUUGUUUAAUUUGACUCAAAAGGUUGUGGUGGAUCCUAUCGGUGUAUCAAUCUGGCAAAUGGCCACUAAUUCUUUGAGUAAGCAGCAGGUUAAUACAAAACAUGCUUUGGCUUCUAUAGAGAAUGGACAUGCUACUGAUAGCGAUAGUGAUAUCACUAGUGAUAGCGAGAUUGAAGGUGGUGCACAUGAGUUAUAUGAAGGGUCGAUCACUGAUAGUUCAUGUAUAGCAAUUGCUUGUGAUGAUGGUUGUGUUCGAUUAUACAAUAUCUCAGACUCAGAUCAGUUUAAUUACCAUAAAUCGCUGCCAAGGGUCAGUGGUCGUGUAUUAAGUGUUACUUGGAGUCCAGAUUCAAAGAUGAUAUAUUCUGGAAGUAGUGACGGGUUUAUAAGAUGCUGGGAUGCUAAAUCGUCUCAUGAAGUUUAUCGAAUUACUGUUGGUCUUGGAGGCUUAGGCGGUGGCUCUGAUCUUUGUGUAUGGUCUUUACUUGCACUGAGGUGCGGGACUCUUGUGAGUGCAGAUAGUAGUGGCAGUGUCCAAUUUUGGGACAGUUUGCAUGGAACUCUCUUGCAAGCACAUUCUUGCCACAAGGGAGACGUCAAUGCUCUGGCGGCUAGUCCAAGCCAUACCAGGGUAUUUUCUGCUGGGUCAGAUGGCCAGAUUAUAUUGUAUAAGCUUUCUGGGAAUGCCACAGGCUCUGCGGAUGAUAGAUCAUGUUUGAAAGCAGUUAAAAAAUGGGUAUAUGUUGGUUAUGUGAGAGCCCAUACACAUGAUGUUAGAGCCUUGGUUGUUGCUGUACCCAUAAGUCGUGAAGAUUUACUGCCUGACGAAAAAGUAAAAAGAGCUCGUGGAACGGAUAAGUCAAUUGAUUUCAGUUACAAUAAGUGGGCUCAUACGGGUAUCCCUAUGCUUAUAUCAGCUGGUGAUGACACUAAGCUUUUUGCGUAUUCAGCCAAUGAGUUUACCAAAUUUGCUCCUCAUGAUAUUUGUCCUGCACCACAAAGACCACCUGUUCAAUUGGUGUGCAGUACAGCUAAUAAGUUCGCUUAUCUGCUUCUGGUCCAGGCUUCACACUGGUUAGAUAUUUUUACGGUCAAUGUGAAAAAAGAUGUUUCCGGCCCAGGUGGCAGUGUUUCAACUACAGAUAUGGUUGCUCGAGUUAAAAGCAAGGGUUCACGGAAGAUCAUUUGCAGCUCCUUUUCAUCUUCUGGGAGGUUUUUUGCCUACUCGGAUCAUGUGAGGCCUUGCUUAUUUGAGUUGAAAAAGAAUGUGGUCGGGAAAAGUGUGUGGUCCAUAACUAAAAGAAAACUUCCUACAUCCAUACCAUUUGCCCAUUCCAUGAUCUUUAGUUCCGAUUCAUCUCGGUUAAUGAUUUCUGGACACGACAGAAUGAUAUAUGUUGUGGAUGUUGGAAGCCUGGAAUUAACACAUAGGUUCACUCCCUGUCGGAAGGAAACUGAUGAAGAAUUGCCACCUACUCAGCCGCCGAUAACAAAGAUGUUUACUAGUCUUGAUGGACAGUGGCUAGCUGCUGUCAACUGCUUUGGAGAUGUGUAUAUAUUCAAUCUAGAGACACAAAGGCAACACUGGUUUAUAUCACGAUUGGAUGGUGCCUCGGUUACUGCUGGGGGGUUUAGUCCUCGAAAUAGCAAUGUGCUAAUAAUCUCUACAUCUUCAAAUCAAGUGUAUGUAUUUGAUGUGGAUGCUAAGAAAUUAGGAGAAUGGUCUAGACACAACACAUUUAUCUUGCCACGAAGAUAUCAGGACUUUCCUGGAGAGGUUAUUGGACUCACAUUUCCGCCAUCUACAAGCUCCUCUUCUGUCAUCAUUUACAGUUCCCGGGCAAUGUGCUUCAUUGACUUUGGAAUGCCGAUUGGUCAAGAUGAAGAUCAUGAGAAGGUAUACAGUCCAUUAAAUGGGAAAUUAAAACGCAAGUUGAUAGGGCAUGAGUAUGAUAGUAAAAAGGGUGGUAGGAAUUUUGAACUUUGUGCGUUUAGAGAACCUGUUUUAUACAUUGGCCACCUCUCAAAAGGUUCUGUAUUGGUCAUAGACAAACCAUGGUUGCAAGUGGUUAAGACAUUUGAUGCCCAGCCUGUUCACAGACAUAUAUACGGGUCAUAAACCAUAACGUCCCGACAAAGGUGGUACUAGAAGAGGUUAGAUAGAGCAGUUCAAUUUUGGUCUCUUAUUAUCCUGAGUCAAAAGCAUGUUGUGUAAUGUGUCCUUGGUCUUCUUUCUUUUAAUAGUAAUAUUUUUCCUGUUGUCAAUGAUGACAUUGGGUUGACUGAACUUGCUAAAAUGGGUUUACUUCAUUUGUUAGUC